AUGGAGGGCUGUGUGGAAGAUGGAAGCGCCAGGGUUGCUGGAUCAGAAGAGAUCAAGCGUGACCUACAAUCUCGGCAUAUCAAUAUGAUUGCAAUUGCAGGCAUGAUUGGCACAGGCCUGUUCCUGAGUUCUGGCGCAGCUAUUGCCACUGCAGGGCCAGCAGGCGCAUUGCUCGCUUACAUCGUCAUGGGCUUCGUCACCGCCGGUGUCUCUUACACGACAGGCGAGAUCACGGCUUUUAUGCCUGCAACCGGUGGCUUCAUUCGUCACGCGACCAAGUUCGUCGAGCCGGCUCUCGGUGCUGCGACCGGGUGGAACUUUUGGUAUACAAUGUCCAUAUCCGUACCAGCAGAGAUCAGCGCGGCUGCCACUGUCAUACAGUUUUGGAAUACACGGGUGAAGCCUGCGGUGUGGAUUACUAUCUUCUUGGUUUCCAUCGUGAUCUUAAAUUUCUGCGGUGUGAAAUUAUACGGAGAGUCAGAGGUAAUAUUUGCAUCCCUGAAGAUUAUGCUUAUCAUCGGCCUCAUCAUUGGCGGUCUCGUGAUUGACCUCGGAGGAGGGCCAAAUCACGAACGCCUCGGCUUCCGUUAUUGGUACAGCCCAGGCGCAUUCAACUCAUAUAUCGUAUCGAGCUCUCCUGGAGCAUUUCUGGCAUUCUGGAAAGUCCUCCUAUCUGCUGCAUUUAGCUAUGGAAAUAUUCAAGUUGUAGCAAUUUCAGGUUCUGAGACACACAACCCUCGCCAAAUUAUCCCUGCUGCAACAAGAAAGACCUUUUUAAGAGUCUUUUUCUUCUAUGUUCUCAGUAUUCUUAUAGUUGGGAUGAUUGUGCCUUUCGAUGAUGCUAGCCUCAACAUCUCAACAGGCACUGCGCAGCAGUCACCGUUCGUUAUAGCUUUCGUUAGAUCGGGUGUCUCAGUCGUACCAUCUAUCAUCAAUGCUGUGGUGUGUACUUCAGCUAUAUCAAGUGGCUCAGCUUGUAUCUUCAUCGCUUCCCGGACGCUCUACGGGCUGAGCCGUGAUGGUCAUGCGCCAGCUGUUUUUCAACGCUGCAACAGAUUCGGUACACCACAUUACGCUGUUGGAUUGACAUGUGCAUUACUACCACUCGUAUACUUGAAUGUGGGAAAUAACACGUCCGUCGUAUUUGGCUGGUUUGUCAAUAUCACAACAGUGGCAGGCUUGAUUGGGUGGAUCGUCAUUGAAACCACUUAUAUACGGUUCCAUUCGGGUCUCAAGGCUCAAGGAUACACUCGAGAUGAACUUCCGUACAGAAGCCCCGGGCAGCCGUAUGUCUCAUGGGCUACACUUGUAAUGGUAUCUCUGAUCGUCUUAUUCUCUGGGUUUGAUAUCUUUGUUAAAGGAAAUUUUACUGCGUCGGGAUUCAUCACUUACUAUGUGAACAUCUUCAUCUUUGGAGCCUUAUAUUUCUUCUUCAAAAUUUGCCUCCAAUCCAAGGUCAUACCAAUCGUGGAGAUUGAUUUUGCGACUGAGUUCGAAUCGAUUAAAGCUGCUUCGGGAGAGAUCAACUUGCAUGAAACUGAAGAACAAAAGACUAUACCAUGGUACCAUAAGAUGAUCCGUUGGAUAUAG